AUGUGGCUUCCGUUGAUUCUGCUCGCCUUGAUGGCGAGUGGUUCCGCGUGUCCAGAUCUAUGCGAGUGCCAUCAAAGUGCCGCCGAACGGGACUUGCCGGCUGUUGUACAUGUGAAGUGUCGUGGCCGCGUACCAGAAUUAUCGGAAUUGUCGGUCAAGACACGAAGUCUCGCGGUGGACGGAGCCGAGGAUUACGAGGUGGUCAGUUUCCUGGAUGAACUGGAAGUGAGCGAUACGACGAACGAUUUCCGGGUGAUCAGUACGUUGAACGAGUUCGAUGUAAACGAUACGUUCGCCGUGUCAGAGAAAAAUUCGACGAAUUUACCGUAUCUCGACGAGUUGUCGAUGACGAACUGUUCGUUGGUGUUUCUAAACGUUUCGUGGCGAGGUCUCGAGCGGGUUAGAUCACUGAACCUGUCAUGCAACAAUCUGGCGCAAUUGAACGGGGUACUGGUUGGCGGUAUGACGAAUAUGAGCGAGCUGACGCGUUUCGACUUAUCCGACAACUCUCUGACAGAUCUGAGUGCCGGAGCUUUUAGGACGCUUACGGGAUUGGUGAGGUUGAGUUUCCGUAGGAACGCGAUAUUCGUCGUGCACGAGGACGCAUUUCAGGGAUUACAGCGGCUGAAAUUUCUCGAUCUGUCGGACAACAGGCUGGCUAAAUUGCCGGACAACGCGUUGACGCCGCUCUACUCGUUGCAAAAGUUGGAUCUGAGUGGCAAUCAACUGCAAGUUCUGGGCACGAGGUGGUUCGAAAAUCUCAACAGAUUGAGGGAGCUCGACGUAUCGAGGAACGGUCUGGCGCGGGCAGCUUCGGGAACUUUGCAACCGCUUCCGGGAUUAUCGGUACUAAAACUCUCGGAGAACCCCCUCAAAGAAAGAGAUGUCUCUCUGCUGCUGGGCACCGGCAGACGUUUGGAAACUGUGGACGCGUCUCGGACCGGUUUGGCGAGAGUUCCGGCCGCAUUAACGAGAUCGGUGCGAGUACUCCGACUAGCUGGCAAUAAAUUGACCACCAUCCGCAGCGGAGACUUGGAUAGUUAUCCACUUUUACGGAUAUUGGACAUCUCGGAGAAUCGACUGAUAGAUAUCGAAGACGAUGCCCUUGGACGUUUAGAAGUUCUCGAGGAAUUAGAUAUAUCCGGCAAUGUUCUCGUCAGGGUUCCUCGAAGUCUGCCGAGUAGCCUGACGAAUCUGAAGCUCCAGCGGAACGCGAUAACGGUUUUAAAGCUAAACGACCUUCAAGGGCUGUACAAUCUGAAAUCGUUGACGUUGAACGAUAAUGAUAUCAGCGAGAUCGAGGUAGGAGCGCUCAGUCAAUUACCUCUUCUCGAAGAACUUGAUCUGUCCGAUAAUCCCAUUAAAACAUUACCGGCAAAUACUCUAAGUGGACCAAGUAAUCUCGCGAAGCUUCGUAUGUCGAGAUUAACCACGCUUCAACGAAAGCAAGAGGAACAAAGUGACAUGGCGUUUCCAGUACCUACUCCUGAAAGACUCGUGUUUCUCGAUGUAUCGAAGAGUCCGGUUCUGGCCAGGCAGCUUUUAGCAGAUGAUGCCACGCUGUCCGCCUGUAAAAGCUUGGUCGAACUGAACUUAUCUGGGACAAAUAUUGCCAAACUCCGUUUCGAUCUGCCUUAUAUGCUGCCGCAGCUACGAAUUUUGGAGCUGAGCGGAAAUAAUUGGGAUUGCACGGAGGACCUUUAUUGGCUUGGGGAAUGGCUGCUGCAACACAAACAACUGAAUAAAGACAUCGAACCAGGCCGAUGCGCCACUCCACAGAAAUGGUCAGGAUCGUUUCUCUACAAAUUACCGUCACCGCCGACUCCUCUUCUCACAGUUGUGCCAAGUACAGAAGCUAACACUUCGGUUACAUCGUCGAUUCCGUUCACGGCGAAGCAUAUGUCUUACGUUAACGAGUUAAAUGUGUCUUCCGACGCCACCGACAUCAAAUCAAUCAACAACUUCAUAAAUAUCAAAAAGCACUAUACAGAUUCAAAUCAUACAGGCGAUAGUUUCUAUAACAUUUCUGAUAAUACGCCAAAUAACGUAACGAAAACAGCGUUCACGUCUUCCAGCGGCUUGCUCACAGUCGUGAAUAACGAUACUCGGUUCUACGAAGCACCGACAUCGUUCAGAAACGUCACGACGAUCGCGAGGGAACCGAAAGGACGAAGUUUCAUCAAGAAAAAUAUCAAAGUCAAUCAAAUAUCGACAGAGACAAAAAAUUUACUUACAGACGUUGGCGGACUGUCGUAUCGGAAGACGAACGGGGAGAAACCGCCAAUUAACGAGAUGGAGGACGGUCUCCAUUCGCGAACUUUUAAUAAUCGCGUGGAUGGCAAGAGGCAAAAGACCAGGAAACCGAACAAACUUACCGUAUCGUCGAGCAAGAUCGGUUCCUUUAUGCUAUCGGGACUCGCAUCACAGAAGGACGAGGAAGUAGACGGGGAUGAGAAGACUGAACAAUCACACAGACCAAAGAAACUGAACAAUCUGACGAAAGAGAAGUUGGUGCUCGGGAACGCUCUUGAUACGAACACGAUAGCGGAGGAAUUGAAUAGCCGAGCAACUAAUUCCGACGCUAGAAUAUCCGAGGCUUUAUCCGCCGGCGCUCAUCCCGGUAUGUUGGUGCUGGCUGGUGCAGUCCUUGGUGCCGCAGCUGCGCUAACUGUAGUGUUGUCGCGACGAGCCACGCUACGCCGCAGGGACAGCAGGUAUCAUCGUCACGAGAAUAUCGAAGUUCAUACCCUCACCCCGACCACUGAACUCUGGUGACCAGAGUCUGAAUGCGACCGUUUAUUCGAGAGAGAAAGACGGCUGAAC